AUGUCUGGUGACGUAUCGCCAGGGUCAAUAUUCAGCCUCAAUGCGCUGUUCGACAACCCACUCUUUGCGGGCGGCAUUGGCCUAGCAUCGCUCGGCGCUGCGGCCGCGUUUGCCAGAAAAGGCGUCAUAAUUACUGCCUUGGCUGCGCGCCGGCGACUCCUCGUCAAUGUUGAAAUCAGCAAACAGGACCCUGCCUACCCCUGGAUCCUCGCGUGGCUGUCAAACCCUCACCCGACGCCAGGGUUCAUCGCAUCCCGCCUGACACGCAUCCACAACCUUUCCGUGACGACGGCGACAGCGUCCAAGGGGUCGGCGGUCGGCGGGUCGCCCAACGCGCACUUCUUUCUGCAGCCGGGCUACGGCAGACACAUUGUCAAGUUCCGCAACGCCUUCAUUGCAGUCAACCGAGAAAAACACAACACGGCCAAUAUGAACACGGGCGAGCCACACGAAGUUAUACAGCUAACAACGCUGUGGGCACAUCGACACAUCUUCGAGCAAGUGUUUAGCGAGGCGCAUGCGCUUGCGGCCAAGGCCAACGAAGGCAAGACCAUGGUUUACUCGGCACGCGGCAUGGAAUGGGCGCCUCUCGGAGAGCCGCGAAAGAAAAGACCACUCGAAUCGGUAAUACUGGAUGAAGGGGUCAAGGACAGCAUCGUGAGCGACGUGAAAGAUUUCCUGUCGCGACAGCAAUGGUAUGUCGAUCGCGGCAUCCCUUACCGGCGAGGGUAUCUGUUGUUUGGGCCGCCGGGUAGCGGCAAGAGUUCAUUUAUCCAGUCCCUCGCUGGCGAGCUGGACUUUGGUGUCGCAAUGAUUAACCUGAGUGAAAUGGGCAUGACGGACGACAAGCUGGCGUACCUGCUGACCAAGCUACCGAAGCGCACGUUGCUGCUGCUGGAAGAUGCCGACGCUGCCUUUACUAACCGACGGCAGCGCGAUACGGAUGGCUACAGCGGUGCCAGUGUGACGUUCUCUGGUCUACUGAAUGCGCUGGACGGCAUCGCGGCUGGCGAAGAGCGCAUUGCGUUUCUGACUACCAACCACAUUGACCGCCUCGACCCCGCCUUGAUCCGCCCGGGUCGUGUGGACAUGAUGGCGAGAAUCGGCGAGGCGACCCGAUACCAGGCCAGCCAAAUGUGGGAUCGCUUCUAUGGCGAUGUGGACAAGGAUCACGCGAGCAGGGAGCGGUUCCUGGAGCGCCUGCACGAGCUGGGUCUGUUUGGACAGAAUACUGACGGCGAACCGUCACACAGGCACACGAGUACGGCUGCCAUCCAAGGUCUUUUCCUCUUCAACAAGAACGACAUGCACGGGGCGAUUAAUAUGGCGGAGGGCCUCGUGCCGCGAAAGUUCGAAGCGUCGGACAAUGUACCAGAGGGGGCCAUUAAGACGUCUGCGUGA